CAUAAUAUUCAUAUCUCACAAAUGGAAGUCGUGAAAGUGGCAAGCUCCACCAUCCUCACUAGCCCCAUCUCUCACCCUUCUGACGUCCCCCUCACCAUCUUCGAUCGCUUCGCCCUCAACCUCCAUGUCGCCGUCCUCUACGCCUUCACUCCUCCCACCUCCACCAACGCUGACAUCAUCUCCGCCCUCUCCAAGACCCUCGUCCACUUCCCAACUCUCACAGCCAACCUCUCCACCGACUCACAUGGCCGUCCUUGUUUCACUGUCGGAGGCUCAGAUGGAGGUGCGCUAGUCGUUGAAGCCACUGUCUCAUCCAAACUAAAAGAUCACCUGCCUCUCACUCCCUCACCGGACUUCAGAUUCCUCCAUCCUGAAGUCAAAGACGCAAAGCACUUGCUCCAAGUUCAGCUCAACCGGUUCCAGUGCGGCGGGCUGGUCAUUGGAGUCACCGCCCACCACCGUGUUGCUGACGGCCAGUCCAUGAGUACUUUCACAGUAGCAUGGGGGAAGAUGGUACGUGGUGUCCCCAUUGAUCCACUUCCAGUCUAUGAUCAGUCAUGGCUCAAGCCUCGGGAUCCUCCUCUGGUGCAGUUCAAUCACUGGGGGACUGAUUUUAUCCCUCUCUCUCCUCAACCAAAUGAGUUUUGUGUCACUCCGGUUUAUGCUGAUCCAAGUGAGAUCACCAACAUAUUGUUGCACUACACUCCAGAGUUCAUUAUGAAGCUCAAAGCUCAAACCAAUAAAUUGAGCACUGAGAAGCACACCACGUUUGAGACACUAGCAGGGUAUAUAUGGAGGAAGGUGACGAUAGCACGACAGUUGGAUGAUGAGGAGAAUACCAAGCUGACUGUGUCAGUGAAUGGUAGGCGUCGGUUAAUGCCUCCGGUGCCGCCUGAAUUUUUUGGUAACAUGGUUCUAAAUGCAUAUUCGAAAGCAAAAGCAAGAGAAUUGAUCAAAGGAGGGGUGGCGAUGGCGGCCGGGAUCAUUCGCCAAGCGGUGAGAGCAACAGGAGAUAAUUAUUUCCGGUCGUUCAUUGACCUUGCUGAGGUUUACAGAGAUAGAGAUCUUGUGCCUUGCUUUGAAAAGGAUGGCAAUGUGCUUUCACCAAAUAUGGAGAUUGAUUGCUGGUUAGGGCUUGGGUUUAAUGAGAUUGAUUUUGGUGGAGGUGGGAAGCUUUGUGGUAUUUCGCUUACAUGGGUGCCUUUUGAAGGAUUGUCAAUCCUCAUCCCUUCUUUGUCUCAGGAUGGUGGCUUGGAUGUUUUUCUUUCUCUUCUUGAAAAGCAUGCACCGAAAUUUAGGGAGAUAUCUCACUCUUUGGAUUAGAGUACAUUAGGGUAUGUCUGGUUAAUUAGUUUCUAUUGAUCUUUGGAAGUACUGUUGGGUUUGAUAAUUAUACGAAGGUUGAAUAGUCUUGUUGCAUUAAAUGGUUAUC